AUGCCUGGAUUGACUGCUUCCCACGCCUCCCAUUCAGGGACACGGCGACAUGGUCACACUCCGCCCCCUCGAACGAAACGCGACCUCGGUGGCACCCCCGGGAAUGCUUCAUGGCUGUCGUCCGUCGUCAACCUCCUCAACACCAUCGUCGGCGCGGGCGUGCUAGCGAUGCCUCUCGCCAUGUCACACAUGGGUAUACUGUUGGGAACAAUCGUCAUUAUAUGGGCAGGCGUCACGGCCGGGUUCGGGCUGUACCUGCAGGCGCGAUGUGCGAAAUACCUGGAACGAGGGUCGGCCAGCUUCUUCGCCCUGUCGCAGAUCACGUACCCCAACGCGGCGGUCAUUUUUGACGGCGCCAUCGCCAUCAAGUGCUUCGGUGUCGGGGUCAGCUACUUGAUCAUCAUUGGAGAUCUGAUGCCGGGUGUGGUCCGGGGCUUCGCGGACGAGAGCAGCUUGAGCCCGUUCAUGUUCGACCGGCACUUUUGGAUCACGGCAUUCAUGCUGGUCGUCAUUCCGUUCUCGUUCUUGCGCCGGUUGGACUCGCUCAAGUACACAUCUGUGGUCGCUUUGGUCUCCAUCGGGUACCUGGUGAUUCUGGUCGUGUAUCACUUCGCCGCUCACGACACCCUCCCCAACGGACACUACGAGACGCCGCUGCGCGUCUUCAAGUGGGCCGGAGUCGUGCCUACGCUGUCCUCCUUCCCCGUCAUCGUCUUCGCCUACACGUGCCAUCAGAACAUGUUCAGCAUCCUCAACGAAAUUGCCGACAAUUCGCACUUCCGCACGACUUCGGUGCUCUGCGCGUCCAACGGCACCGCCGGGUUCAUUUACCUCCUCGUCGCCAUCACGGGCUAUCUGUCGUUCGGAAACGAAAUCGGCGGUAACAUCGUUGCACAAUAUGCGCCGGCCGUGUCGACCACCAUCGGCCAGGCCAUGAUUGUGGUUCUCGUCAUGUUCUCGUACCCGCUCCAGGUUCACCCGUGCCGGGCCAGUCUCGACGCGGUACUGAAAUGGCGACCGUCCGACAAGUUGAAGGCGAAACUCCGCUCUGCUUCCGCCACGCCGAGAUCGGUCGAUUCCAGUCCACCGCGAGAUGUUCCCCUCUUGCCCGUGGCCAAGAAACGCAACACGGAAAUGAGCGAGACUCGGUUCGCCGCCAUCACGACCGUCAUCAUCAUCUGUAGCUACAUCGUCGCCAUGACCGUUUCGAAUCUCUCGGCUGUUCUGGCCUAUGUAGGGUCUACGGGGAGUACGUCAAUCUCGUUCAUCCUCCCUGGUUUGUUCUACUACAAGAUUUCUUCGCCCGAUUCGCCUCUCCAUCAACGCCUGCUCAAGGAGGAAGAUGAUUAUGAUUAUGCCGAUUCUGACGCGGCAAACUCUGAUGACGAGGAUGACCAUGACGGCGUUGGUGGUGAGGAACACCAAUCCUUGCUCGCAAACUCAGGACUACUCAGUCUCAGUGGCGUGAGUCUGUUGAAGCGGACCAAGAAUCUACGACGAAAUUUGUUGAGGAGGUUAAGUCUUGCCUUGGCCAUUUAUGGUCUUGUGGUUAUGAUCACCUGUUUGAUCAUGAAUACCUUUUUUCUUGCGACUCAUUGA